AUGCCCGCCAAAUCCAAGGCCAGCUCCAAAGCCAAGGACGCUGAGAACAAAAGCAAACAACAAGCGCAAGCUGCGGCUGAAACCCAACAACCCCCGAAGACGAUCAACGAGCGGUCUUUCCAGCGCUACCACCAGACGAAUCCGCACGAGCGACGACGUGAGGAAGCCGGAGGUCUGCACGCCCUCUCGCCCGCGGAGCGACAGUCCUGGGUCAACGCGAGCCUGGUGCGCCGUGUAGCCAACAGAGAGUUCUUCCUCACCAACAAGGCAGAGCGCGAGUUCUGGAAGCAGAUCAGCAGGGAAUCGCCGCCGAUCCGCCGACUCGAGAAGCCGAGAAGCGCCGAGCAGAAGGUCGUCUACGACUGGGGCAAGGACAAGAACGGGCGCGACCUGGGCGACUACCCGAUCGACCAAUUCACCGUUCGGGCCGCGAAACAGGCGCAGCUUACGGCGCUCGAAGUGUUGCACCGCAGGUUCCUUCAGCGGAGAGAGUUUGCGCGAGACGGCGUUCCGGACGCGGCCGAGGGCAAGGUCACAGAGAUCACGCAGGAGGACAUUGACGAAGAGAGGAAGAGACGACGGGAGAUGGCGGCGCUUAGGAAGGAGCUCUACGGAGAGAAGAUGGGUCCGUACGCGACCGACCCGGAGUGGGACGAUGUCGUGCCCAUCCCCGCCGAGGAGCCCGAAGGCGCGCUGGCUACGAUUGCUUACCCCGAGGACUAUGCUGAGGUCAUGAGCUACCUGCGCGCCGUCAUGGUCGCCGAAGAGUACAGCCCGCGGUGCUUGCGGUUGACGGACCACGUUAUCUCCAUGAACCCGGCACACUACACUGUAUGGCUGUACCGGUUCAAGAUCGUCGAGGCGCUCGACAUUUCCGUCAUCGAUGAAAUCGAGUGGCUCAACGAGGUGUCGCUCGAGCACAUCAAGAACUACCAGAUUUGGCACCACCGCCAGCUGCUGCUUGACCACCACUACAACCACAUCAAGGCCAGCCCGGACGAGGUGAAGCGCUUCGGAAGGUCCGAAACGGAGUUCCUCACGCGCAUGCUUGACGAGGAUACCAAGAACUACCACGUGUGGAGCUACAGGCAGUACCUGGUGCGCAAGCUGGGGCUGUGGAACCUGCAGGAGCUGCUGUCGACGCAGAAUUGGAUCGAGGAGGACGUGAGGAACAACUCGGCCUGGUCGCACCGGUUCUUCCUCGUGUUUUCGGACCCGGCCGCUUCGACGGAGGGCUCGCACGCGACGGAGCACGAUCCGAAGGUCCCCGCAGACAUUGUGGACCGGGAGGUCAAGUACGUCGAAGAGAAGGCGCUGUUGGCACCGCAGAACCAGGCUGCGUGGAACUACCUUAGGGGUGUGCUGGUAAAGGGCGGACGAAAACUGGAGACUGCAGAGGCGUUCGCGGCGCAGUUUGUCAACGGCAUUGGAGAGGGUGAGGACAAGGAGGAGGUGCGCAGUACGCAUGCGCUCGACUUCCUGGCCGACGUGUACGCGGAUAAGGGCAUGAAGGAGGAGGCGGGCAAGUACCUCGACCGACUGGCGGAGAAGUGGGAUCCCGUGAGGGCGGGAUACUGGAAGUACAGGAAGCAGCAGCUUGCAUAG